GGCGCGAUCAGGUGGUUCUGCACGCACUAAUCUCGUCAACUACGAUGCUCAAAAAGUUAUCUGUGUUCAUAGAUUUAUUUUAGUAUAUACAAUCUUAAACUUGGAUCGUAUUUUAAUUUAAAUGUCGUAUACUAUUAUCUAAUAGUUAUUUGUUGCUCAAUAAUCAAAACAACUGUUUUUAAAAUUUAUUUUGUUACCAUUUUUUUUGUUAUUGAUAUUAAUCCAACUGAUAAUAUGGCUUACAGUGUUAUAGCUGCAGUUUCAAAGAAUGGAGGUAUUGGUUACAAGGGUGAUCUACCAUGGAAAAUUAAAAAGGAAAUGGAAUAUUUCAAUCGGAUGACUACUCUUGUCAAUCUAGAAGGUGCUCAAAAUGCUGUUAUUAUGGGUCGCUGCACUUGGCAAUCGAUUCCAGAUAAAUAUAGGCCACUUAAAGGACGAAUAAAUGUAGUAAUCUCUAAGACUUUAAACAGUGUACCGGAAGGUGUUUUAUUGUAUCCCAAACUUGAAGAAGCCUUAAAAGCAUUAAAUUCCAAUGAUCAUAUAGAAAAGCUUUGGGUAAUUGGUGGUUCAGGUUUAUACAAUGAAGCUGUAAAAGAUAAAAAUUGCAAAAAAUUAUUUAUUACAAAAAUUGAUCAAGAAUACAUAUGUGAUACUUUCUUUCCUAAUUUUGAUCCGAAAGAAUUUGAAGAAACUAAUGAAGCUAAUGUACCUCAAGGAGUUCAAGAAGAAAAUGGUAUUAAAUAUGAAUUUAAAGUAUUCAAGAGGUUAUGAUUAUUGAAGCAUAUUAGAUCGGUAUUGUUAUAUUGAUAUAUGAAUAAUAACCAGUAAGUCCCUUUGUGAUUGUGAAUGUAUAAUUAUUUUAAUUUUAAAUAAAAUCAAUAUUUUAUACUUUUUUCUCCUGAUAAUACUUGUUUUGAACAAAGGUUUCACAUGUCUUGACUCUUGUCCUAAAAUAAAAGCUUAAGUAAAUUAUUAAA